AUGGAUUGGAAUUCAGUAAAUUUACCACAUAUGUAUAACACAAUCGAGCAAGUCCCUAAGGAUGGCGUUCAGUUGAACCCAUUAUAUGACGAAGAAUAUGCAACACAGAACGGAAACGAGAGCUCGCCAUCUUUAGACACCGAAGCAUCAUAUAAUGAAUCCCGAGUACCAUUAUCUGAAAACCGCCUCUCAACUGCACCGACUUCCUACCAUGGUCUCCAUCGUCCAGCGAGAUUAGAUUGGCAUCGGAUAGGUCAGCCUUUGGCCAGAGAUUUCGCCAACGAUACAUGGAUGAAGACCCGCCGUGUGCUUGCUGCCUGCGAUUCCGAAGACGAUUUGCAGAAUGAGAACUCCAGGUUCACACAAGCAGCCUCAAUGACAUCAACCCCCUCAAAACCUUUCGGCAUGUCCUACACAGUUUCGGAAUCCGAUUAUCCAUCCCCAUCUCAAACACCGAGCAAUGUAUCCUUCCACCCCUUCAUGUCUACUCAAAAAUCAAGACAGGGACAAGAUGUCUACAUGGUCCUUCACGACGCAGUCCCCGUCGCAGCAGGAUCUCUCGCAACAACCAGUGUCACCGGUGUAUAUACCACACUUGAAGAAGCAAAUGGUUUCGUAGAAAGAGUUGCAGAGGAAACUUGUAGGGAUGUUCCAGAAGAAAACAUGAAGAUGGCUAUAGAAAAUGGAGCGUUUGGUUUUGAUAUUUUGGAUGUGAAAAGGCAUGUGUUGCAUAGGGUGUAUAUUGAGAAGCAGACGGUGAGGGGAGAGUGGAGUGACAAGAGUGAAAUUGAGGAAACGGGAGUGAUGAGGGAUCAGGCAGAGGAUAUGGGGAUUUUCGAUGGAUUUGCGAAUCUGUCGUUGUGA